AUGCUGCGCCUUUGCAUUAUUGCUUCAGCCUUGUCGCUUUGCAGCGGCGAGAGCCUCCCAGAAGACGUCCUAGAGUUCAACGAUGAGUGUGCAGAGGGCUCUUGCGCCUUGAGUGCCUUGCAGCAUCGGCGCCAACCAAAUGCAUCAGAAGAAGAACAUGCUUAUGGUUCGGAAGAGGAGGUUAUUCAAGCAUUCAAAGGAAAGGAAGCUGUGCCGCCCGGCUCACCCAAGUGGAUUGAAUGUGAUCCGCUCUGCCCAGAGAUGCCGGCGCCUUCAGAUUCUUCGGACUCCUUGGGCGCUGGACCAGAGGAGGAUGAGUUGGGAUCCACAGGCCUUUGGCAUGCAGGUGCCAAUUGCUGGUACCGAUGCCAUGGUGCCGGUUCGUGUUCCAACUUCUGUGGACCAGGGAAUUCCUGCUGCCGCUGGCAUGCGCGCUAUGAUCCACCAGCCUGUCGUUCAGUGAGGUGGUGGCCUGUUAUCCACUGGCACACCUGCGUUGCCACAGGGCAUCAUGACAGCCCUUCUCCACCCCCUUCCUCGUCUUCUUCAGGCUCCGGAUCUGACAGCUGUGCGAACCGUGGUGCAAUGGGAGACGUGAUUACUGUCUACCACCAGACUGGUUGCAACAUCGGCCCGCAGAUUCUGAGAGAAGGCUUCCACCUUGGUCAUUCUGGCUGGUGCGGCGGCGGCAUCUACUUUGCUCG